AUGGUCACUAAAAACUACCAGUAUGUCCUUGCCUUUGCUUUUGCCAUUGAUGAGAUCAAUAAGGAUGUUAAGUUAUUACCCAACAUGACCCUGGGCUCAAUGGUCUAUGAUAGUGUUUUCAAUGAAAUAAGGGCCAGCUGGGCCACUCUACAACUACUCUUCAAGAGUCAGGAGUAUCUCGUCAAUUACAACUGUGACAAGGAGAACACACCUGUGGUCGUCAUUGGUGAGCUCACCUCCCAAAACUCCAUCCAGGUAGCCAAUGUUUUAAAUACCUACAAGAUGCCACAGCUCAGUUAUAGUUCACUUGACCCAGUGUUGAGUGACAAAAUCCAUUUCCCUAAUUUAUUUCGGAUGGCUCCAAGUGAAAGCCCACAGUAUGAUGGGAUUGUUCAGUUGCUGAAGCAUUUUGGGUGGAACUGGAUUGGUCUCUUAACAUCGGAUGAUGACAGUGGAGAAAGCUUUCUAAAAAGUCUGCAACCAAGGCUGUUCCAGAGCGACAUUUGCAUUGCUUUGACACAAAUGAUCCCAAGAAUUACGAAUUAUACAUUGAGUAAAUCCUUUAAAGAAAAAGUAGAUAGGGUAGCUUCUGCUCUGUCACAGCACAAAAUCAAUGUUGCACUGGUCAGCGGGGAUGGUCCAUCUAUGGAAUUUCUACGAAUGAUUCUAGAAAUGUUUGAAUGGAAUAAUAAGCAACCUAUGGAGAAGGUUUGGAUCAUGACUGCCCAGUGGGAUGUCACAGCUAUUUCCACUUGGGAUACAUUCACAGAAAAAUCCAUCAAUGGCACACUGUCCUUCUCACUUCACACAAAUGUGGUGCCAGGAUUUCAGGACUUUCUUGAAGCCUUAAAUCCUUUCAAGUCUGCACUACGUUUCAUCCGUACGUUCUGGUCCACUGCAUUCUUUUGUUCAUUCUACCGGUAUAGUCCAUAUGCAAAGAACUGCACUGGGGAGGAGAAGCUGCAGAGCCUCCCUGGCUUUUUAUUUGAAAUGGGGAUGUCUGGCCAGAGCUACAAUAUCUACAAUGCUGUCUAUGCUACAGCCCAUGCUCUCCAUGCCUUGCAUUCAUCAAGAGCCAAGCGAAGAGCAAUCUGGAAUCAUGAGAGGCAGAAACUCCAGGAAGUUCAGCCCUGGCAGCUUCACUCUUUUCUGAGAAACAUCCACUUUAACAAUACUGCUGGGGAAGAAAUAUUUUUUGAUGAGAACAGGCAUGUGGCAUCUGGGUACGAUAUCCUCAACUUGGUCACAUUCCCUAAUCAAUCAUUCAAGAGGGUCCAAGUUGGAAGAAUGGACCCCAAAGCCCCUGAUGGAAAGAAGUUCACCAUUAAUGGCAGUGCCAUUGUGUGGAAUCACAAAUUUAUGGAGUGUCCCCGUGCCACGUGUGUCGAGAGCUGCCACCAUGGAUAUUACAAGAUUGCUCAGCAAGGAAGACAAGUUUGUUGCUACAAUUGCAUUAAAUGUCCUGAAGGAAUGAUCUCAAUACAGGUUGAUGCAGAGCAAUGCAAGGAAUGCCCAGAAGAUCAGUAUCCCAAUGAGAAACAGGAUCAAUGCAUCCCCAGAAUUGUCACCUAUCUAUCCUACGGACAACCCUUAGGAAUCCUGUUGACUUCCUUUGCUCUUUUCUUUUUGGGGAGCACCAUUGUGGUGAUGGGGAUUUUCAUUCUGCACUGGAACACUCCCAUUGUCAAAGCCAACAACAGGAGCAUCACAUGUGCAUUGCUUUUCUCACUGCUGUGUUGCUUUCUUUGCUCCUUCCUCUUUAUCGGCUGUCCUGGAAAAGUCACCUGCCUUUUUAGGCAAACCACGUUCGGCAUUAUCUUUUCUGUUGCUAUUUCUUGUGUCUUGGCCAAAACCGUCACUGUAGUCCUGGCCUUCCUGGCCACUAAGCCAGGAAAUAGGAUGAGGAAGUGGGUAGGGAAUAAACUGGCUGUAUCAGUCAUCUUUCUCUGUUCUCUCAUUCAAACUGGUAUCUGCACAGUGUGGCUAGCAACUUCUCCUCCAUUCCCAGAAUUUGACGUGCACUCCCAAAUCCAUCAGAUCAUAGUGCAGUGCAAUGAAGGAUCAGACACCAUGUUCUAUAUUAUUCUGGGCUAUAUGGGGAUUUUGGCCACUAUCAGCUUCACUGUGGCUUUCUUUGCCAGAAAGUUGCCCGACAGUUUCAAUGAAGCCAAGCUGAUCACCUUCAGCAUGUUGGUCUUCUGCAGUGUUUGGGUGUCCUUUGUGCCCACCUACCUAAGCACCAAGGGGAAAUACAUGGUGGCCGUGGAGAUCUUCUCCAUCUUGGCCUCUAGUGCUGGCUUAUUAUGCUGCAUCUUUCUCCCCAAGUGCUACAUCAUUGCACUGAGGCCAGAUCUAAACACUAGAGAGAAGCUAGUAAGAAAAAAGAAUGCCCAACUUGACUAA